AUGAUGGUGAGGAGAAGUGUUGAUCCAUUGGUGGUUGGGAGGUUGAUCGGAGAUGUGGUGGACAUGUUUAUGCCCACCGUCGACAUGGCGGUCUACUACGGCCCUAAGGCCAUCACCAAUGGCAGUGACGUCAAGCCCUCCAUGGUUGCUGACCGCCCUAGAGUCCAUAUUGGGGGUGAUUCCACCCAACUCUAUACCUUGGUGAUGACGGAUCCGGAUGCCCCGAGUCCUAGUGAGCCAUGCAUGAGGGAGCUGAUACACUGGAUUGUGACUGACAUUCCAGGAAACACUCAUGAUAUUACAAGAGGGAAGGAGGCGGUGCCCUACAUGGGGCCAAAGCCAACGGUGGGGAUUCACCGUUACAUAUUGGUGCUCUUCCAGCAGAAGAAGCCGCUGGGGGAGCUGCAGCCGCCGGUGACCAGCCGGAGCAAUUUCUGUACUCGCGCCUUUGCGCAUCACCUGGAGUUGGACAGCCCCGUGGCCACCGUGUACUUCAACGCCCACAAAGAGCCGGCCACCACUCGCCGCCGCAACUGA